GAAGCAACUCCAUGUUUACAGUCUCUCAGUUUUCAAAACACGAGCACGGAAGGUGUGUUGACAAACAGACAUGACGGUGGACAAUAUGAAAAAGAAAGCGCUGGACACAAGUUCAGAAGGAUCAGACAAUGGAAAAGUUGAACUAAAACGAACAAUUACAUUAUUCAAUGGAGUCGCUAUUAUUGUCGGAUCAAUUGUAGGCUCUGGGAUCUUUGUUUCCCCAAAAGGUGUACUUGCUGAAGCAGGGUCGUUUGGUGCAGCUUUAGUAAUAUGGAUUAUGUGUGGAUUUUUGUCGUUAAUUGGUGCCCUGUGUUAUGCCGAGUUAGGAACAACUAUCACCAGAUCAGGGGGAGACUAUGCUUAUAUCCUUGAUGCCUUUGGUCCAUGUCUUGCUUUCUUGCAGCUAUGGGUUAACCUUAUAAUCAUCAGGCCUACCGCCCAAGCAGUGGUGUCCUUGACAUUUGCUUACUACGUAUUACAACCAGGAUUUGAGACAUGUGAUCCACCAAAGAUUGCUGUCAGAUUUUUAGCUGCUAUUUGCAUUAGUAUCCUAACCUUCAUUAAUGUGUACAGUGUUAGAGCAGCCACAAGGAUUCAAGAUGUGUUCACGGUUGCUAAGAUACUUGCUCUAAUAAUCAUCACCUUAACUGGUCUUGUUAUGAUAGGUCAAGGUGAAACAGAAUAUUUUACAUUUGAGAACACGAAUCCAGAUGUUGGUAAAAUGUCCCUGGCUUUGUACUCUGGACUAUUUGCUUAUGCUGGAUGGAACUUUUUGAAUUUUGUAACAGAAGAAAUGAUCGAUCCUUACAAAAAUUUACCACGUGCUAUCUAUAUCUCAAUUCCAAUUGUCAGUUUUGUCUAUGUUUUUGCUAAUGUGGCAUACAUGACAAUUAUAUCUCCACGAGAAAUGCUUGAUUCCAAUGCAGUAGCUGUUACUUUUGGAGAUAAAGUAUUUGGUGUGAUGGCCUGGAUAGUACCUGUGUUUGUAUCACUCUCUACAUUUGGAGGUGUAAAUGGUCUACUUUUCACAUCAGGAAGAUUAUUCUUUGUUGGAGCUAGAGAAGGACAUCUUCCUGAUUUCUUGUCUAUGAUACAGGUUAACAGAAGGACACCUAUGCCCGCCAUGUUGUUCACGGGAGGACUUUCUAUACUGAUGUUGAUAACCGAUGAUGUUUUCUUCCUUAUUAAUUACAUGAGUUUUGUACAAUGGCUGUCUGUUGGCAUGUCUAUAGCAGCAUUAAUAUACCUACGUUAUGCCAGACCGGAAAUGUAUCGUCCUAUCAAGUUCAACUUGGUUAUUCCAAUAACCUUCCUGCUGUGUGUUAUAUUUUUACUGGUGGUACCUUUAUAUGCCGCCACUGAACAGACUGGUAUGGCUCUACUUAUGGUUCUUUCUGGGUUACCAGUCUAUGUACUUGGUGUUAAGUGGAAGAGUAAGCCCAAGUCUGUCAGACAAUUCAUUGCAAGUUGUACUAUACUAGGACAGAAGUGUUGUAAUGUAGUCGCUCAAGAAACAGAGGUCAAGGACAGUUAAAGCCUACAGAAAAUCUAGAGAUCAAAAUAAUUGCCAUUUCUUUUUUGUUAAUUGUCUAUUGUUGAAAUAUUUAUUUUGCAGAAGCAAUCUUUUUAAGAACAAUUAUGUACUGCCAUUUUUCAAAUCUCUAUUGUUUUGUUUUUUUCGUCAAAAGCAGCUUAUACUAUUAUUUUUUUCAUGUUUUAUUUACUAUAAUGCAUUUUUAAUAAAUAUUAACUGCUUAGACUGAGCUGUUGAAGAAAUCAUUGAUAAAAAGUGUGUUGUUAUCAAAUGGUCCAUUUCAAGGACUGCUAACUAACAUAUAAAAUAACUUUUGGACAAAAGUUGUUAUUUUUUCAAUUCUUAUAUAUCUAUAUAUACAAUACUUAAAUCAUACAUUUGGAGAAAUAUUUUUAAGUUUUAUUUAUUUAUUAUUUACAUUUAAUUUCAAAUUUUUUAAACUUUGAAAAUGUCAUUAAACCUAGCCAAUAAAAUUGGAAUGCAAUGCAAUAGGACAUAUUGUACAUUAUUUUUUCAUUAAUAUUUGUAUAUCAUUAACAAAGAAUUUGUAUUAGCCUUUUAUUAAACACACGGUGCUCAUUUCUUACAUAAUUUGUACAAGUAGAAAAACCUGUUUCUUGAAUGUUUGGAAUGAAUGAAAGAAAGAAUUAAGUAUAAAAAAUUUUAAAUGCACGAUAAAAAAAAAACAACCUCUGUUGACAUUAACGUCAUUUCAAUUAUUUGUAUUUCAAAGUUAAAAUUCUGUUACAAGUUAAUCGUGAGAUCUCAAAAUUCCUGUCAUCUAAAAUUUUCUUUAGCAGUUUGGCCACUCAAGGAAAAGUGCAUGAAAAGUGAUGUUAAAGAAAACAAGUAUCACUUUAAAAGUACAAUUGAAAUUCUAUUAUUUGGUAAAAAUCUAUCGAGUUCCAUUUGCUACAUGUUAUUACAUUAGAUUAAGAGUAACUGUGAUAGAAAAAAAAUAAGAAACUUUUGAUAAAAAUUCAAUGGUAUUUUUAGAUUUUGUGUAAAAGUUGAUGAAUGAUUGCAAUUUAGGCAAAUACUCCUUUGUUCUUCCAUGACAAACUUUAGAAAUUUGCUCAUUAAAGUAUGAGUUAUUGCAUUGUUAAACUGUAUACAAAGAAAGGUACAAUACAAAUUUAUGUCUGUUUUCAGGCAUUAAAAGUUCUUGAUUGUAAAAUGUUGACCAUUUAGAUGUUAUUUGGAUAAAAAAAAAUUGUUUCAUGAAAAAUCUGUUGCUACUCUACAUUGGCAUUGCUCAGCUAAAAUUUUACAUACAUUAAAAAAUAUUAUUGAAGCUCAGUUGAAUUGUUUCAUCUAUAAAAAAAUUCAUUGACGCUCAGUUGAAAUGUAAAUUUUUUGUUAUAUUUAAAAAAAAUCAUUGCAUUGUAUUUUUUGCACAGGGUAUGUUUUGCUAAGCUUUAUCGUUGUUAUAUAUUUAUUAUAGUUGUCUGCUAUCCUAAUAACUACAGGAUUUUUAAUCAUAUCAUGAAAUAAUAAAAUCAUUCAUUUAGCUCUUUUAUGCAUCUUUUAAAUGCAAUAUAUUUAUAAUAAAGCAAUUUUUGAGAUUAUUAGAAUUUUAGUAUUUUUAGAACAAUUGUUAUUAAUUGAAUCUCUGUUGUUUUUGCUAUAGUUUUCAUUUUGCCUGUAGUUAAAUUUAUUAGGAAUCUUUUAGAUGUUCAUCAUUUACUUAUUAUUGUAAUUGUCAAAUUCUGAAUUUGAUUCUUAUUAUUAUAAAUGAAUUGCAUAAAUAGCAAAAAAAGUUUUCUUGAGUGACAUUUUGCAUUUACUGAAAAUUAUUCCAAGUAAGAUAUGCAAUCAACAAGAUGUUAAAAUGUAGAUUUCGUAUUGUAAGUAAUCUGUGUUAGAUCUGACAUUUUUAGUUUUUUCAAUGAGUUGAAUUUUGACAUCUUCUCUUCUUUUAUGAGCAGCUUGAUUUUGCUAUAAUGUUAUAAUUCUAAUGACUAUUACAACUAUUUUAUCAAUACUGUUAGAAGUUGUUAAUGAAAGACUUCAAGUGUUAUAUUAUACAAGAUACAUGAUGUUGGAGACUUGUUAUUUUGUGUCAGACAUAUUAUUUGGAGUACUGUAAACUGAAAAAAAUGUGUGGAAAAUAUAUCUAGUAGAGAUUUACAUACAUUUAAACAUGCUUACUUUUUUUUUUUUUUUUUAUCAAACUUGGUUCUUAUAAUUUUCAUCUUUCAUAUCACAUUAUUAUUUUAUAUUUUCAUUCCCCUGAAAUAUUUCAAUGUAUUAAAAAUCCAAAGAACAGAAAUAUUCAAUGCAGAGCAUAUAAGGGGGUAUCUGCACGGAAGAAUGCGAAAUAAAAUUGCCAUUUCAUAAUGAAUGAACAAUUCAAAAUUUCUUGCAUGUUGAUCUUUUUACUGAUUUCACGAAACAUGGUGAAUAAUGAACCGUUUUCACCGCUGCAUGUGAAAAAAAAAUGGCAAAACAUGUUGCAAGAAAUAACCCUUUACUAGAGGGAAUGUCAUAUUUUGUCAAAACUUAACUUUAUGGGACUUGGUAUAAAAAAUAUCAUUUUCAUACUGUAUCAAGGACAGUUCCAUUAAAACAUGCAAGACACAAAAUGAAGACUGCUUUGGUAUAAAGCUAUAUACACUUUAUCAAUAAUCAAUUAUUUGGUUGUUACCUAAAUGUGUAAAAGUGUCUUCCCUUGAUACAACAUAUGAGAUUACACAAUGUCUUUAGUUUACAGUAUUGUAUAUAAUUUUUGUUAACUGUUUGUGUUUUGUUAUUAUUUAUUUAAUAGAGUCUGAGUAUACCUACCUCUGAUGCAGAUAUAAAUAACUUAACUGCCUUAUUUGUCAGGAAUAAAAUUUAAAAAAAUUAGACAUGUUCGUACAAUUGACGUUUGUGCUGAGUUUGAAACUUUGCUGUGAAUUAAUAUGUAAAAACUUGUGGAUAACUGCCAUAUUAAAAAGCGUAUGAAUAAAUAAAAAAAAUUAAAUUUUACACAAAAUAUUGCUCAGUUUAUUUGGGCAUUAAUAAUAGGUAUCAAAUUCUAGUCUUUCAUCCCAAAACCAUUUCUCACCAUGUUUGUGCAUUAGCAUGUUAAAAAACAUUUGGCUUGGUAACAGUUGUGUAUUUAUGCAGUAUACUGUAAAUUCAGAAAUUUUUGCGUGCAUUUAUUAUUGCAAUUUUGACAUUUUAGUGUAAAAAUGCGAUUUUAAUUUUUGAGGAAAAUCGUGUUUUAUUGAUGUAUCAAAUUUCAAAAUGUGAGUUUAAAUUAUUGCGAUAAUAACCCUGUCACAUUUUUCUCAAUUAAAUAAAUAUCGCCAAUAUUUCUGAAUUUACAGAAUUACAUCAGGUGUUCAUGUUUAUAUUAAAUGAAUUGUAAAUAUUUGAAUGAAUUUUCAUCAUUUUUUCACUAAGGUCAUAAUAAAGUUAUUCUUUGAAUGUCAUCUCCACAUGUAUCAAUUUAUUUAUUACAUAUUUUUGCCUUUUGGAAGAAAACAUUCAUUUAUAACUAGGAAAUUUUCAUUAUUAUACAAGAAACAAGUAAAAAAUAAAAUGAAAAUUUGCCUGUGUACAUAUUGAUGGAUAUUUGAGGAUUAUUUUAUAUUCGUCGUAAUUGAUCAAUAUAUGGUUCGUCUUUAUGUAUCAAAAAUGAGGUUGUAUCUCAUUUCCAUCUCAAUAUCUAAGAUAGCAGUACUACUUCACUUUUUCAAACACUUGUAUCAGAUAGAUAAGUUCAAAUAUUGAUUAAUAGGAUAUGAAGAUAUUUAGAUAUGUGUUUGAAAUAUUUAUUUGCUGAAAACUAUGGAUUUAUUUAGUUUCACAGAUACCAAUUUUUGUAUAUCGAAGAAAAAUUGUAAUUUUCAUGAAUAUUUGAUAUUUGAAGUCUGCAUUCAAACUAUAUAAUAAAUUUGCACUUUUUUGAACAUUUAAUUUCUUUGUUCACCUUUGCCCCCAAAAUCAAAGAAAAUUGGUAUCCCUCAAAUUAAGAAGAAUCCACAGUAGUUUAAAUCUGUUGAUCUUAUUUUCAAGAUCAUGUGUAUCUUUGAUAUGAAGUAUAUUUAGAUGCUGAUUUAGAUUGUGCCUUAAGAAAAACCCACAAGAUUUAUAAUUGAGUAGCAAAAUAAGAUCUUGCAACAGUGUUAUCAUGUUGAUGAAUUUUGUAAGUGUGAAUAAUUAAAGGAAAUUUUGUAUACAGAAAUUGCACAAUGUUUAAAUGUGUAGCAAAAGUGAAAGUGUGUGUUUGUGUAACAUUAGGUUUCUGACUUCUUUACAACCAAAAAUUUAAAUGUUUUAACUAAUUUUCUUACAUAUGUAAAUUUUAUGAAGAAAUGUUUGCAACCAAAAUGUUAAUUUAAUCACCAUCAGCUAACUGUUUCAGCUUUUGCCAAAUUGAUAUCUGAUAAUAUUUGAUAUACAUACACAUGUUUAAAUAGCUGUAUGUCAAAUUAAAUUUGAACUGCAAGAAAAUUAGUUAACAGUUGUAUGAGUGUUGGUGUAAAUUGUUGAGCGCAUAGGGUAACAUAAUUUUUUUGGUGUUUUACAUACUUGCAGCUAAUCGUGUACCUAAGAAUCUCAAUAAGAUUGUAGUUCAAUGCAUUCACAACUGUAUUUUAUGUAUUUAAGGUCACACCAAACUGAUUUUUUUUUAGAUUUUACAACUUCAGUUCUGUACAGAUAAAACAUUAACUUAUGCCUUUGAAUUUUAUGUGAAUAAUGUUGCAUAUACUAUACAUCAUCUUCAUCUCCUAUAGUUAUCAAAAUUGUAAUUGUAACCUUAUUCAAUCUAUAAAAAAUCUAAAUAACGUAAAACUCUUUUGGUGUGGCCUGAUUGUGUUUUUGAGUGCUAGGGUUGCUGUAUUAUUAAAUACAGCUUGCUGAAUCAUGCAUCAUCAAUUGUGUGUCAUUUUGAAUAAAAAAAAAUCAUGAAUAUUAUAAAUAAAAAUACAUACAUGA